UCGACAAUUAUCAGCUGUUUUCUGUCAAACGCGGCAUUUUACGUAGAGUUGCGCGGAAGGCAUGUCGCGCGAGGAAACAUAAAAUAUAUAUGUAUAUAUAUAUAUAUAUACACACACAACCACGUGAAUGUAUAUCAACGAUUUAAGAUAAUUGCGAUGUGAAUCACGCUAUCAUCAUCGUUUAUACACGAAGGAAAAACUUUUCCUCAUGUAUAUAUAUAUAUAUGUGUGUGGAAUCAUGACUAUUCAAUAAUCAACAUGAUUAUAUCACACUUAUGAAAGGAUACAAAUCUAAAUAUAUCAGUGUUUACGUGUACUGCACGUGUGCUGAACAAAGAAAACAAGCGAUUUUAAGCUAGAAACAUGUAGCGUGUAUUUGCUUAUCGCGAGUUCCUAAUUAAAGCGACUGCUUGGCUCGAUGAGUUCACUAGUCAUCGAUUGAUUUAUUUUUCUGUUGUACAAAGAGCAAUAUUAUAUUUUUUCUUGCGAAUAUUACGAGAAAUAGUGAUGGAUAAUUUCUUUUGUACAGGAUGGAAACGUUACGCAUUGGUGCAACCACCUGUCAUGGUACUGAUCGUUGCUAUGUCAAUGUCAGGUACCAUCUUGACAGAUCUGAUAGUGUAUCGUACGUGCCUUACUACCUUGGAAAUUAACAAGACAGAAUGCCUGAUACUUCACAAUAAUAGCAGCAGCAAGGAGGCACUCAAUUUGAAUAUAAAAGUUCAACCACAUGCAAGUUUAGUUUUGAUGGGUAAAUCCCUUAUUGAGAGUAUUUUUCCCUCGAUUCUGUCUCUGUUUCUGGGACCAUGGAGUGAUAAGUAUGGAAGGAAACCUGUUAUACUUUCAGGAUAUAUAGGUAUAUCUUUAACUUAUCUCCUGCUUUCUAUCAUGGCUAAUUGGGAGAUCGUGCCUUGGUAUUUUUUGAUAGCUUAUAUUCCUAUGGCUUGCCUGGGUGGUAUAAGUGUAUUGAUGUUAGCUUCAAUUUGCUACAUCACUGACAUAACUGAUAAUAAUGAACGGGCAUGGCAUUUGGCCUGGCUAGAUGCAUUAAUUUCUCUUGGUUUGCUAAUUGGAUUAUUUUCUGGUCCAAUAAUAUAUGAAGAAUAUGGAUACACCACUGUGUUUAGUGUUGCGACUGUGCUGUGCACUAUAGCAACAUUGUAUAUAUUGCUUUUUAUUCCAGAGACCAUAGAGAAUCGUACUUCUGGUGUUUGCGACAUAUUUGAUUUCGAGCUUGUGAAGGAUCUUUAUAACACUUGUGUCAAGAAGAGAGAUGGAUUUGAUAGAUUAUUGGUCUGGAGCUGCGUAGCUUGUCUUACAUUGCUCUUAAUUCCCUUUCAAGGGAACCUCUCUAUUGGAUAUCUAUUUACAAGUGCACGGCUUGGUUGGACCGUAGAUAAGUUUUCUGUUUAUAUAGCUACAAGUGUUGUCGUGGGAUUCUUGGGCACAAUAUUUGGUAUUAAAUUACUGCAAAAAUAUGCAGAAUUUCCAGAAGUGGUGAUUGCCAUAAUAUCUGUCAUAUCAUCUUUAUGUAGUGCCUUAGUGUGUGCUUUUACAUGGCAAUCCUGGCAUAUGUACUUGUCAACAGGUGUAGGCAUGUUUAGUGAUUUAUCUAAACCAAUGAUACGUGCUAUAUUAUCCAAAGCAGUACCUGAGAAGGAUACAGGGAAGGUUUUCUCUCUAGCAACAUUUCUAGAGACGCUGUUACCAUUUGCGGCAGCUUCUUUAUAUACUUUUCUUUUCCACUAUAUGCCACCUUUGUAUCCUCUACCAGUGUGGUUUUUAUCAGCAGUAUUUUACGUCUUUACUAUUAUGAUAUUAAUAUAUAUGCAGCUACAUAUAAGACGCAACGUGAUAGCUUUCAUCCAAAUAACAGAAGAUACUGAUUAAAAUCAUUAAUAUUUAUCAUAUAAACAAAAUAUGAAAAUUUAAAUAACAAAAAGUAGUCAGUUUGAUAUUGAAAAGGUGAUAUUGCAAUGUAUUUUUUAAUAGUUCAUGAAAAAAUUUAUGUAUCAUAUA